UGUAGUUUGACUUGAAUGACGGCCGCUAGUUUGUUUGUGUUAGUACGGGAAUUGUUGACGUUUACUAGCUUCAUUAAAAUCACAAAAAAACAAAGUGAAGUUUGUUACAUAUAAAACAUGUCUUGCAAUUAUGCUGAUGGGUUAUCGCCGUACGAAGACAAGGGUAAAUUAGGAAUACCUGAGAAAUUUGACAGUUUGGAUGAGGUUGCUGGAAAAAUUUUAAUUUUAGCCAAAUGGAUAAAAGAAGCUAAGCAUGUAGUCAUGCACACUGGUGCUGGCAUAAGUACACCAGCAGGAAUCCCCGAUUUCAGGGGCCCUAAAGGUGUGUGGACGUUGGAGAAAAAAGGCCUGAAACCACAAAUCAAUGUUUCGUUUGAUGAUGCAGAACCAACAUUCACACAUAUGGCGAUUAUUUCAUUAUUCCAAACAAACUAUCUGCACUAUGUUGUUAGCCAAAAUAUUGAUGGCCUUCAUUUAAAAUCAGGAUUAGACAGAACAAAACUCUCAGAGCUGCAUGGCAAUAUGUUCAUCGGACAAUGUAGCCUGUGUUCUAGGCAGUACAUUCGCCGAAAAGCCGUAACUUCUGUAGGUCAGCGGGAAUUACCAGUUGAUUGCCCUGCCUUGAAAGGAGGCAAACUUUCAUGUAGAGGAAAGCUACACGACACUAUACUUGAUUGGGAACACGAACUACCAACCAGAGAUUUAGGAUUGGCAGACAUUCAUUCAAAUGUCGCAGACUUAAGUAUUUGCUUGGGAACAACUUUGCAAAUAGUCCCCAGUGGUACACUACCAUUAGCAACGAAACGUAAAGGAGGCCGUCUCGUCAUCAUAAAUUUGCAGCCUACAAAAUGGGACAAGAAAGCCGAUCUGGUCAUCAAUACUUAUGUGGAUGACGUGAUGAAGUUACUGCUCAAAGAAUUGAACACCCCUUGGUUGCCUUACGAUCCCAAAUGUGAUCCUACCCGUCAACCGCUAAGUGAAAAGGAAAUGUGGCAGGAAGAAUUUACAAAACGAGAGUGGACACUCGGGGCUCGUGCAGUCAGUACAACACGCAAACGACUUUCACACCCGGAAAAUAAAGCCGAGCCUAAGGCCAAGAAAACAAAAGACAAAAACCAAGAGAAGCCAAUUCCUUGCCAAACCAACAACUCCGCCAACGCUAGUGGGGAAGGUAGUAAACAAGAUGCGGAGGUGGACUCUGUCAAAGUUGAAGAAACUGGAGAUGAAAUCACGAAUUUAAAAGAAGAAAAACAAAAUGACGAUCUAGUUAACCAAUCUGAAACAAUCGUUAAACAAGAGUCCGCUCAGUUGCUACAGGAAAAUGGGAGUGUGUAAUCCAUCGUGAAGUCAUAGUUACUGAAAAUGUGCAUAAUAACAGGGAAAUUAUCUACAUAAAAAUGUGUCGACAAUAAAGAAAUCCAACGCGUUAAUUGCAUUUCAUAGACGGUCUCAUCCAACGUGGAAUCCCUACCCCUCCAAACUUUCGUUUUAUUUCUACUCUGUUCGUUUUAUUUCACGUGACUUUUGGUUUCGCUGUGUUUUUUUUUUGCUUGCCCACAGACUGUCUUGAAGGCAAGAGAUCAACUUCGUACCCUUAUUUGAGUUUGUCUAGCGUUUCUGUAUUGAUAUUAGAUCUGUCGCCACUCGCCAGACAUCACCUUGUUCUGAUUUUUAAUGCGAUUACUUUUAUAUCCUCCUAAACUAAAUAGAAAGAAAUUGAUCCGGAAUUCUGAAAAUAUGAUAUUCUUUUGUUUUUCUAAUCCAAGCAGUAUCAGGAAAAACUACUGUAUAACUUAUUGUUCUUUAAAAAAACAAUAAAUUAUUGUCAAAAUGAA